ACCAACUCAAAAGGCUAAUCGUCGCGUCGUCGUAACCGUAUCUCGAUAGAGCGGGCACGAUGGCUUCCAGCUCCUACAUCCCUCCUCCCUCCUCGCAACCACCGGUCUCUCAACCAUUUGGCCUGCGCCUCUCUCCCCUCCCUCAUCAUGCGCACAACCACAGCCCCCUCACUCCCCUCUCAUUCUUAUUGCGGGCUGCACUGAUCCACCCAGACCGGCUCGCUCUUGACCAUCCAGAGCGUGGCUGGCAGCUCACCUUCUCGCAGUGGGCGGCGCGUAGCUUGUCAUUCGCAUUCGCCCUUGCCGGGUGGGAGGGCAAGGGAGCACUUGAGGGAUGGAAGGGAAAAGGGACCAGAGUCGCCAUCCUAUGCCCAAAUGCGCCCAUGAUCCUAGAUGCGUACCAUGGUGUUCUCGCUGCGGGAGGUGCUGUCGUCCCACUCAACUACCGCAACUCGAAGCAGGAGCUGGGCUACGUACUCGAGCACUCGGGCGCGUCUAUCAUCUUGGUCGAUUGGGAGUUGAAGCACCUAGUUGAAGGAUCCAAUGGCCAAGGACGUACAAUCAUAGUCAGCCAUGAUUCUGGAGGGCAGGACCCUACAGAUCCGUACGAACAGUUUCUGUCGCAUGGUCGUUCAUUGUGGGAUGCCGCUCAAGCAGCAGAAGACCGGGAGUUCGGCCCAUCAGCUCGGAGGGACUGGGAGCUCCUCACCACAGUAGAAGAGACAGACCCGCUCUCCGUCUGCUAUACCAGCGGUACUACCGGUCGACCAAAGGGCGUCGUGUCCACGCAUCGCGGCACGUACCUGGCUGCCGUUGCAAACGCCCUCGAGUCCCGGCUCGAAGCUACCUCGCGGUAUCUUUGGGUACUCCCUGCUUUCCACGCCUGCGGCUGGACAUACCCCUGGUCAUGCACUCUCAGCUUUGCUACUCAGCAUGUUCUGCGGCGCGUAGAUCCGGCGACCAUCUGGCAGGCAUUGAAGACGAGCGGGGUAACGCACUACUGCGGUGCGCCUACGGUGCAUAUCUCUCUCGUGCACCACAGCGGGGCGGAGCGCCUCCCACAACCAGUCUACGUAGCUGUGGCAGCUAGUGCGCCCACAGCUGACCUGCUCGCAAGGAUGGAGUCGCUCAACCUUGUGCCCGUGCACGUGUACGGGCUGACAGAGACGUAUGGGCCGAUGACGCGACGCUAUGCCGCGGAUUCCUGGUCGGGGCUGGACGUUGAGUCGAGGGCAAAGUUAAUGGCACGACAAGGCCACGCAUUCCUCACCGCAGAGGAAGCUAGAGUGGUACGAGUAGAUGCGGCAAAGGGCAACGAGCCCGUACGAGACAGCAGAGGUCGUCUGGUAGACGUGCGCCGCGAUGGCACUGAGCUGGGCGAGAUUGCCAUGCGAGGCAAUAUAGUCAUGCAAGGCUACUACGCGGACCCUGCUGCCACAUCCAAGGUAGUGGUAGGCAGCACAAUAGCCAAAGGAGGUGGCGAUGGGGAAUGGUUCCUCUCAGGGGACCUAGCCGUGCGUCAUCCUGGCGGCGAAGUAGAGAUCCGCGAUCGUGCAAAGGAUGUGGUCAUCUCUGGAGGAGAGAAUGUCAGCUCAUUGGCCGUGGAGAGCGAAUUGGCUACACACCCUCGCGUGAGGGAGAGCUGCGUCGUUGCACGUAAGCAUGAGAAGUGGGGAGAAAGGUGUCAUGCUUUCGUUGUGCUGAAUGAUGCAGAGGAGGACAAGGGGAAGGCGAUUACGGGGGAGGAGCUCAAGAAGUGGUGUAGAGGCAGGAUGAGCGGAUUUGCCGUACCUGAGUGGAUUGACGUGGUGCAGGAGUUGCCCAAGGUGAGUUGCGGAAGGGCGAUGAAGGAGGGGAAGAGGAUGAGAAGACGUAUGUUUCACUGACUCGAUACGCUUUCCCCCUCUGACUCCCUCGCAGACGUCGACGGGCAAGGUGCAGAAGAAUAUACUCCGCGAGAGGCUUAGCAAGCUGUGAAAAGGGUUGGGAAAAGGUGGUUCGGGCCGAGGAGUGUAAUGCUGUCACUUGAUCUGUAUACGUGA